AUGUUAGAAGUUGGCCGUCGAAAAGCCGAGCGUCCGGGUCUCAAUGUCCCCUUCAUUCAGCAUGAUAUCUCCGAUCUCACUGGGCUGGAACUUCUCCCCAACGGCUCUCAGGGCUUCGACCUGAUCACGUGUGCCACGGCUUUGGUGCUUCUUCCCGAUCCUGCCAAGGCGAUCAAGCAUUGGAGUACAUUGUUGAAACCGGGCGGACGGUUGGUCACUGAUGUGGCGGCAAAAGAUGUUAAUGUGCCGAGUCGACUGUUUACACAGAUUGGACGAAAACUUGGCAAGCUCCAGUGGGACCAAAGCUGGGUACAAUCAGAGAAAUCUUCGGCAAAGCUAUUGUGGGACUCUAGGUUGCGCGUGGAAACCGUGUUCUUGACCAAAUGCUACCAGACGCGGGAAUAUACGACUCAGAAGGCGCCCGAGACGUUUGAACAGGCGGUUGCGAGUCCUAUGUAUAGGAACUUUGGAGAGCCUUCUGUCCGGGAAGAAGCAAAGAGACUGUUUGUGGAGGCAUUCGAACAGGAGGCCGGGGCCGAAGGGGUUUUGUUAGAUGAGGCCAAGAUGUAUAUGGCUGUUGCCUACAAACUAUAA